AGUAGUCGAUAUUCUUCAAAAAUAAAGAAAAGUAAAAAGAUAAAACACAAAAGAAAGUCAAGAAGUAGGUCAGUUUCUCCUAGAAUAAGGAGACGAUCCAGGUCAGUAAGUUAUUCUAAAAGGUCAAGGUCACCAAAUAUUGAUAGGAGAUCUAGAUCAAGAGGAAGAUAUUCCAGGUCAAGAUCAAGGGAUAGAUAUCAUAGGAGAUCUAGGUCAUUUAGCAGAGACAGAAGAUUGAGGUCAUUUAGUAGAGAUAAAAGAAGGUCAAGAUCAUUAAGUAGGAGUAGACGAUAUUCAAGAUCAUUAAGUAGAGACAGACGAAGGUCAAGGUCAUACAGCAGAGACAAAAGAAGGUCAUUUAGUAGAGAUAGAAAAAGAUCGAGAUCAAAGGAAAGAUACAGAAAAAGAUCAAGGUCACAUGAUAGACAUUCAAGGUCAAAAAGGUCUAGAUCAAAAGAUCGUUCACGGAGAAGAGAUUCAAGAAGUUCUUCUAGAGAUAAAGCUAAAGAAGACCCAUGUGCAAAUAUUCCUGGAUUUGAAGAUAUGACACAAUCAGAGAAGGCACAGAUCAGAAUGAAGAUGGCUCUAAAGGCAGCAGCCGCAGCAGAUGAAAAGAUUAAAAACCAGUCUAAGUCAGAAACCAAAUCAUUUGAGGAUCAAGUGAAGUUCAGACAGUCUGUUAUGGAUAUAGAUAAUACAUCAUUUGUACAGUCAUCAUUUGUCUCUAAUAGAGGGGACAAAUCAGACAAGGAGUCAGAUAAAAAAGAAGAAUUUUUAUUUGGUACUGCAGCAGAAUUUAAACCAGAUUUGGUUCCAAAGAAAAUACCUACAUUUGAUGAUCCUAAAUCGCUAGCAGAUCCUAGUUUAUUUAUUGACCCAGCAGUAAAGAUGGAGAGAUGGAUCGAUAGAUUGAAUACAUUGAGGAAGAAAAAAUUGGAAGGAGAAAUGAUCACCUGAUAUUUCUUGAUAUUUAAGGAGUAUAUUGGAUACUUAUCAGUACCCAUAGAGACAGUUAUUACCAAUGGAUGGAAAUGACUAUUAUAAAUCAUGAAAAUAGAAAUAUGUUAUGUGCGGAAUAUAAUAUUGUUCUAAAACAGUUUAAUACAAACAGUUUAUAAACUUUGUAUACAUACUGAACAAUUAAAUGAACACAUGUUAAUAUUAAAUAUGAGGAAAUUCCAGGAAAAUUAAAGCAUAUUAUAUGUAAAA